AUGAACGCCAAAAGCUUCAUGACAUCCUUCUCGCUAAUCUUCCUGUUGUGUGUCCUGCUAAAUUCUGCAAUCUCUCAGGUGAAUGCAGAUGAAAAUAAAAAAACAAAAGGAGGAGAGGUACCGCCUUCUGUACCCUCAGGAAAUAACUCAGAUAUCGAUCUACCCAAAAAAGAUGGAGGAGAAAACAACGCCCCCUUUGAUGCCGAAAACGCUUUACAAGAACUGAAAAACUUUGCACAUAACUUAGAAAAAAAAACGACAACCAACAGGAAGAUAAUAAUCAGCACAACCGUUAUUAAUAUGGUUCUGUUGGUAUUAUUAUCUGGGCUAAUAGGAUACAGCAAAAAAAAGGGAUUUAAAGAAGACGAAUUGGACAACUCAGAGCAGCUAACUCCAGAACCCAAAAAGGGAAAAUUCUAA